AAGAGCCCUGGAUGGCUGAACUUUCUUUAGUAGUUUUUGCUAGCUGAACGGCUCAAGUUGCUUGUAGUGUCCAAAAAUGAGGUCCGAAUUAGUGGUUGUACUUAUCUUGGCUGUGGCCAGCUGCAAAGGUGCGGAGAUUGCUGAGCCUCUGGCAGCCCAGGAUCGGUCUUUCUCCAGCGUGCUUUUGGAAUUCAUUGACGAGGAUUUGAGGUCGUUCCUGCAAACCGGCGGAGGAGGUGUCCCCGUUCUGGCUCCCCUGAAAGCCUCCCACAAGUCCCUCGACAUCAGCAGCGGAGAGUUCAAAAUCAAGGGCGAGGUGGAGGACUUUGUGCUGCAGGGACUCGAUGGCUACGAAAUUGUGAUCAUGAACCUGGAUCUGUUCAGGAGCCGCCUCACCUUUGAACUGAACUUCCCCAGCGUGAACAUCACCACCCAGUACAAGGCCGAUGUGGGCAGCGGCUACAGCAUCCAGCGAUCUGGUGGCGCCUUCUUCGCCCUCGAAAACCUGAACAUUCAGGGCAGGAUCAGCUACUCCCUGGGCGUCAUCUCCAACAACCUGCGAGUGAAGAACAUUCUGGUGUACCCCUCGGUGGGCAACGUCAAGUCGGAGAUCGAGAACCUCUCCAAAUACCGCAUCCUCAACCGCAAGCUCAACGAAAUCGUCGAGGAGUUCGUCAGCCUGACCAUCAACGACAACACCGACUACGCCGCCAACUGGGUGGACGAGCUGCUCACCCCCGUCUGCAACGACCUCAUCGGUGACCGUACCCUGAGUGAUCUCAUCGCCAUUAUUACGGGAAACUAACCCAGCCCGACAAAUAAUUCAAAUUUCCCCAAAAACAUAUUGCCACAAAUUCCAAUAAAGACAAAGAAAUUACCUAA